GUCAACAGCAACAGCGAGGAUGUUGCGAUAUCGCGGGCAGCCAAAGAUUGCUGUGGUUGCAGAGAUUAGGCUGCUGGGUUGAAACCUCUGCCGAAUGUUUUGGUAGAUGUCAAAUUCUAUGGUUUCUCUUUCCAGCUGCAACAGACGCAGGCUUUAGUUUCCUGUCGCCCAUGCGCGUGUAUGUGUUGAUAAACGGCUGCCUCGCGCUAACGCGCUAGCUUACUAAAAUCAAAGCUUUAAUGUAAAUGGAAGCAAUUAAAUAUGUGGACAGGCAGCUAUGUGCCGUCUAACGGUCGCUUCACUUGACUGAGGAUGGAAAGAUCUUUUCGGGGAACGCUAUCACGCAAGUUAGACGUCGGAUACAUCGCCCUCGGAGACACUAUCUUCAGAGGAUAACCUGGAUAACCUUACACGAAAUGUCAUAGCGCGUAAGCAGCUAGCACUUCGCUAGCUUGGUAAUGGCUACACGAGAUGGAGAAGGACCUUGUGUUAUCAGCAGCAGCAGCCGACCAUGAACAGCUGCAUGGAUAGCUAAAUAAAUACUUUCUCCGGAGAUGCUUUAGCCUCCUGGGUGGUUACAUAACAGCGACUCGCGACCGCUCUAGCUAUCACCAACUGGCCCGUUUUGGCAUGCAAAUGGGAAAUUUGCGACUAAAAAUCUGUGUUGUCUCAACAUUAUAAGUGACAAAGGCAUCGCUGCAUGUUUUGAGGCUGCAAAUAAGACUUGCUCGAAGUGUCGACAUCUUCAGGUUUACAAUCUGACCUGCAUUAUAUAUCGGUGCAAUAAUUCAGUGCACAGGAAUCAAGCACUUUAUCGGUGCGUGCGUCUGCGAUUGAAGCCGCAAAUACUCCUGUCAAUUCGCCGACAUGAGGAAGUUCUUCGACUCUCGUCGGGAGUUGGUGAACUCUGGGCCUGGUUCUGGAGGAGGUGGCAGCUCUGGGUCUAGUCAUGCAGGCGGAAAUUUCAUCGGCAGAGCCUUUACCGUCGGGCGGCACCAAGUUACUGUCGAUGAGAUCAUUGCUGAAGGUGGCUUUGCAAUUGUGUUCCUUGUGCGAACAAAUCAAGGGGUACGUUGCGCCCUGAAGAGGAUGUAUGUCAACAAUGAGCAUGAUCUGCAGGUGUGCAAAUGCGAGAUUCAAAUAAUGAAAGACUUUGUCGGUCACAAGAAUAUUGUUGGUUACCUGGACUCCAGUAUUACGGCUAUGGGAUCGAGGGAUGUGUGGGAGGUCCUCAUACUGAUGGACUACUGCAAGGGGGGACAGGUGGUCAACUUGAUGAAUCAGAGGCUGCAGACCGGCUUCACUGAGGCGGAGGUGCUGCAGAUCUUCUGUGAUACCUGCGAUGCUGUUUCUCGCCUGCACCAGCGCAAGACACCUAUCAUCCACAGAGACCUUAAGGUGGAGAACAUCCUCCUGCAUGACAAGGGUCAUUAUGUGCUGUGCGACUUUGGCAGCGCCACUGACAAGUUCCAGAGCCCGGAGACAGAAGGAGUGGCCGUUGUGGAGGAAGAGAUCAAGAAGUACACCACUUUAUCAUAUCGUGCUCCUGAGAUGGUGAACCUCUACAAUAACAAGAUCAUCACCACAAAAGCAGAUGUCUGGGCGCUGGGCUGUUUGCUCUACAAAGUGUGCUUCUUCACUCUGCCAUUUGGUGAAAGCCAGGUGGCCAUCUGUGAUGGCAGUUUCACCAUUCCAGACAACUCACGCUACUCUUAUGACCUUCACUGCCUCAUCCGGUACAUGCUGGAGCCAGACCCAGACAAAAGGCCAGAUAUCUACCAGGUGUCCUUCUUUGCUUUUAAACUAGCUCAGCGGACCUGUGCUGUCCAGAAUGUGAAGAAUUCUCCAAUUCCUUCUAAACUUCCUGAGCCAAUCAAAGCGAGUGAGGCUGCAGCAGCAAAGAAGAACCAGGCUAAACCCAGACUGACUGAUCCAAUUCCCACCACUGAAACCUCCAUCACCCCUCGCCAGAGGCCUAAAGCAGCCCAUUCCCAGCCUGCGGCUGGCAUCCUACCCAUCCAGCCUGCUGCUCUCACCCCUCGCAAGCGGGCUAAUCUCCCAGGUGGUUUAGCUCAACCUGUGGGAGUCAGCCUAAACCUGUCUCAGCCAGCUGCAGCUCUGCAGUCACAGAAGGCACAGACUUCAGUUCUGCCACUCGUCCAGUCACAAAACAAUUCAAGUCAGGCUGUGGCUCCACAGAAGCAGCAGGUGCAGCCAGCUGCAGCUACAGGAGCAGAGACUACAAAAGCAGCAGCAGUCGUGUCACUAGCAACCAAGGCUGACGUCCAACAGCCAGCACAGCCAAGAGUCCAGCAACAGUCCACACCUCCAUCUGUGGUCAGUGCCACCUCCCAGCAGGCAGCUCAGACUCCAUCGAGCCCGGCUCCACCUCAACGCCCUGCUCGGCGCAAGCAGGCUCAGCAGCCAACGGCUCAGCAGCCAACGACUCAGCAGCCAACGGCUCAGCAGCCAACUCAGCCUACACCCAGCAAACCGGCCUCUGGUCAGGCGCCUGUAUCUCAGCAGCAGCAGAUAACUCAGCCAUCAGCGGCCCAGGCUCAGCCCGCCUCCACUGAGAUCAGCCAAAAAGCUGCUGAGACGACUCCACUUGCUUCUCCAAAGACAACUGAAGAGCGAGGCCACCAACGCACACCGAGUGACGGCACACCGAGUGACGGCACAGCGAGCAGCGUUGCUGGAGUUCCAGUGAGCGACUCCUCACUGCAGCCUCAAGGAGCUGUCGAAGAAGCUGCCCUCAACCAAUCACUUCCAUCUCAACAAAGCACCGCCCAGCUUGUUGAGCUCGGUGUUGGUGAUGCAGAUCAGGACCAAAACAAAGAUGGACCCCCUGUUCUUGCGCUUGACGAUGCCACCAGCCCCCCCACAUGGAACCCUUUUGACGAUGACAACUUUUCCAACCUCACUGCAGAGGAAUUCAAAGCCGAGGACAAAAAGCCUACUGACCUACCUUCAGAAAUUGAGCCAUUAUCCUCAGAGGAGUUGAUACCAGGCCUGCAGGCCUUAUCUGUGGAUAAUACACUCCAAGAUACUGUUGAGAGACCAUCAACCCUUCUGGAUGUGGACUCAGGAGCCUCACUGUUGGUUGUCCCGGAUCCUUUUGGUAUCCUCGAUCUGUCGGGUGCUCCAGAGAAGCUGAUUGAAGGACUCAAAUCUCCAGACAUAUCUUCACUCAUGCUUCCCGACCUCUUGUCAAUGUCCGAUCCCUUCGGUGGCUCCGUGGAGGAUUCGGCAAAAGACCCUCUCAUCGCAGACGACUCUCUCCUGGGCUGCUCUCUGAUCUCUGGUCUGUCCGCCCCUCCAGCAGCGAGCAGUGCCACCUCCUCUGUCUCUUCUGCUCCCACCUCCGCUGCUUCUGCUUUGGAUGAAUUCAGUCUGUUGUCUGGAGACUGUGCACAGCCUGUAGCAGACUCGUCUCUCCUGAUCUCAGACUUUGAGCCCCAGCAGGCCACUGCCGAGGAAGGCACCGAGGAUGAGUUUGAUCCGAUUCCCGUCACAGGCCGAAAGAACUCCCAGGACCUGCAGAGGGAGCUAAGCAGUAAUGUGCUGCCAGCUGCUCAGGCUGAGACUUCUGUGCAGCCCACUGAGGAGAAGCAAAGGCUGAGGAUCCCGCAGAGGACUGCUGCAUGUCUCUAUAAUAAACACAUGUUUCCAUCAGAUGAGAGGAGCAUACCACAUACAACACCAGCUUCUCCCACUGGCCUGCCGCCUACACCCAUCAACCAAGUAUCCCAGUUCCAGGCGCCAAACAGCCCAGUCAGCUCUGAUGUCUUCCAAUUGGCCCCUUUUAAAACGCCAGGAAAAGAAAGCAAGAUGGCACUCGGCAGCUCCUCCUCCUCUUCUUCAUCUCCACCUGCUGACGCCGCUGAUGUUUUCCUACAGGCACCGUUUGGAAAGAGGCAGGAAACCACAGGCGCCGAUGCUGCUAACACUCGCAUAUUAAAGUCUGGUACACAGCAGAUUCAAACCAGUAAACAGUGUCACCUGCUCCCAGUAUCAUCUCCUCCCGGUCCUCAGUCUCUUGGUGUGCGUGCCCCUCCUGUGCUCCAGCAGCCGGUGGCGGUGCACCGGGUCGUCUCCAGGAUCGGCCGGCAGGCCGCCGUGGGUUCGGUAGCGGUGGGGCCUCUGCAUUCUUGGACCAUCGGGGGAAGACCUCUGGAAGACCCGUUCACUGGUGCACCUUUCCAGUGAAGAUGCUCUCAAGGGAAACCGUGAUUAUAUAUUCAUCGCUGCAGUAGUUCAGUCGCAGUAUUACCCACAUUGCUAAUGCAGUUUAACUCUUGUCAUUAUUACUGCAGUAUUAAAACGAGUAGAUUAUCCUUUUACCCAUUAUGUACUUGUCUAAGAUUAAUGUUCUACCUCAGUCAUGUGAUUUUCUUUCAGUCUGACCACAACAGUGCAUCAAUCAGCACUAAAACGAUGUGAACUUGGACUAAGAGGCUUCUAAGAUGACCAUGAAGGAUUGGUCCUGGACGGGAUUUAAAACUGAAUUGAGGAUAUCAAAAAGGAUUUCGUCAAUCUGUCAUUUUAGCCAGCUAACUAACGGUUUUAUUUAAAUAAUGAGUAAAAGCAUGAAGUGGAUUUUAUAAUUGAAAAUAUGAGUGUUUUACUGAGACCUUUACAAACAUUACUAUUAUUGUAAUAUUUAACAGCCUCUGUUUAAGUCAUUGAAUUCCAAACAUUUCAAUCAGUUUGGCAGUGAUUGCACGUUCUAAACUUUAGUUUUUUUUUUCUUAUGUUUACACUUAAAUUACGGAUUGUGCCUUUUUUUUAAUACCAGUUGUAUGUUUUUUUCGCCAAAUUGCUGCAGGUCGUUGGUCAAUAUUCAGCAUAAAUGCUGAAAAACAUACCAAACAUUUUGCUGCAAGCCAAAGAAAGCAUUGGAAAUUAAAUGUAGUGGUGUGAAACGUUUUCCAUGCAGUUGAAGGACGAAAUAUUCAUGCAGUUAUUACUUUCAUAUUAACGAGUAAAAGAACGGUAAACUUGUUUUGAGAAAACAGACGAGUUACACAAAGUCCCAAAUGGCCGGUCCCUAGAGAGCUGGACUGGCACCAGUAUGACGUUAAGAUUCAGAAGGACUUUAAAUGAUUCAUGCUCAAUUUACCUGCUUAAUAAUUGUUUGCAGGUUUGUGCUGCCAUUUUCCUAACAAACCACCAGUGUUAUUGGACCUUUAGAGUUUAGAGUCUUGAAAUGAUUUUUUACCUACUAAUGUUGUUUGUCUUUGGUCUUGGUGUUUUAAAUGAAACAUAUCAUGUCAUGUCUGUGGUUACAAGAUGACGGGUCAGAAAGGAUUCUGAAGAAAAUACCAGCAUCGCCUCCACCGAGCCAGCUUUGUAGUAAGUUUCUUAAAGUGAUAAGAUUUCAAAUAAUGCUUCUAUAGUUUUGCUUUUUCACAGAUGAGGACUUUUUUUUUCUUUUUAAACCAUGCGGCCUUGCCAUGCUAAGUAUUUGUAUAUUCCUAUAUUAUCUGGCAAUUAAUACCAGACCAAAGAAAAUGUCAUCAGUGAAAAGUUAACUUUGAUUUGGACUCAUGGUUUAAUGCACUUAUUGUAAGUCGCUUUGGAUAAAAUUGUCAGCUAAAUGACUUGUAAUGUAAUGUAAUA